CAUAAUGUUUGGCUUAUGUGCUCAAAACAUUCACACACUUUAUCUCGUCAGAACAAACUUGAUUUACAAAUUAGAAAAUUAAAUUUAUCAUUGACGCCUAUAUAUAAGUUGAUUUAAUAAAAUGGCUGCUACCACCGAACAACACAACAGCCGUUUGACUGAAAUGAACGUGAAGACUCUGCUGCCCACAUGUUUUAAGAAAAAGACAGUCACCAAAGCAGAUUUUGUAAAUCACAUGCAUGAUGGUCGCAUAUACAAGCCAAACAAGAUAUUUAAAUAUCAAACCGAUCCCGCAUUGAUCACUGGUCAUUAUGUGAAUAAUCUAAAGGUCAACAAUUUAGAGAUGAAGACGCGCACAUGGCCGUAUGCCAUGGACUGGCGAGAGGAGUAUCGCCAAUUUUUGAAGCGCACCAAGUGGUGUAACGAGCAUAUCUAUAAGCUAUUCUUUGAGUGUCCACCAGUUCGCUAUGACCAGAUUGAGGAUUUUCUAAUUGAUUUGCGGAAAACUGUUUAUGGCUCGGAUUAUUCGCCAAACGAUUAUGCAUCACUGUUCAGCCAAAAAACUAUAAAAGCCGAUAUUACCGAUCCUAAAUGCGAUUCCAAGGAUAUCCAGACUACCUAUGGCAAUUAUUAUAAUCGCCUCGAAGAACUGAACAAAGAUGGCAAAUUGUAUCAGGGACGGCCACCCAAGGAUAUGAGCAUAGAGGUGUUUGCUCAAAAUAUGCGCAAGCUCUUCCGCAAAUACGAUCUAACUACAUACUUUGAGGAAAUCUGCCUUCCCGCAUUGAUAAGCGCUAAGGAUGGUAAAAUGCCGACUGGACCUAUUGAUCGCUACACAUUGCGUAAAUAUUAAAAAUAAAUUUGACGAGUUUAGUUUCAACUUACACGUGUUGCCAUUCAUGGAAGAGCGGAAGGAUACGAUUGGAGCGUGUAACAGGCACAAAAAUCAUUGCGUAUUUUAAAUAAACAGUUGUUUCCUGUAA